CGAACCAAUCGUUUGGCACCUUGAAAAUACAAUUUUUAGAGGCUUCACAGCAAAAACAAUUAAUCAAGAUAAUCAAUUUACUAUGUCUGCAGUAGCAGUCUACACCUUAUUUUACAUCCUGCUAAGUGCAGGUCUGGUCUACCCUCCACCAGAAUUCAUCUCAGCUGGUCUAACCAUAACAAGACUAUUUUCCAAAUUUCUUGGUUCUGAAAACGAGUGCUUUAUCCACUACCAUAUUCGAAGAGUGGAAGUAACCCUUCUGGUGCACACAUGCCUACCAUUAGUCUAUAUUUUAGGGCUCUGGUACGCAGACCCCGGUUUAAAAUUCUCUGAAUUGUUUUUCACAAAUGCCACUUUCUUAUGGAAGAUUUUUGUGUUGGUGUCAUUAGUGACACCGAUGCUGGCUGCAUUUAAAGUUUACCAAUGGGAGAAGUAUAAAUGGAGAGGUCAUCCAAUUAUUAAGAAUUUGAGAGCUUAUUGCAACUCAAGGACUGAUUGGGUCAUGCUUGCUGGAAUGAUUGGCCAGGAAUUCAGAGGAAUUGACAAAUUUUCAAUGGAAAUGAAUUCUAUAACAAAAUUCAUUGCUACUGAGAAUUGGAUUAUGAAAGUUUAUCCUUAUACCAUCUAUUUUGCUCAUCAGCGAGACACCACAAUGAUUUUGGAACGGAGCGAGACAUACACAGUGUCUCACAUAACAGGGUCGGACGUGCAGUACAUUACAAUAUCAGUCAAACCAGUACGCGCAGGCACCAAGCAUUUUACCAUAAGAUUGAACUCUUUAGAUUUUAAGGAACUACAGGACCGAAUUUUGAGAAAAAUCAUCAUUUUACCUAACGUCAAGUUCCAUAAAACAAUCCAAGAAAGAUUUAUAGAUGCUUUUAAAGAAGUUAUUGCUGGGAACCCAAAAUAUUACACAUCACAGGCUCCUGAUUCCUGCAUGGGAUGCAUGCAACAACCAUCAAAUGUGAAACUCCAAAAACGGUGUCACUUAUCAUCAUCGAAUGAGGAAAUUGAAGCCAACAAUGCUCAAGAUGGAAUUAGAAAUCGCCGCAACGGCAGAAAUGUUAACAAUGAGACACCAAAUGCUUGUGUGUCCUGUCGAUGUGGCCCCAUGUGGUGCGAUGAGUGCAUGGCUAGAUGGUUUGCUCAUCGACAGGACCCUCAGCAAAGCAGUACGUGGCUACUGCAGAAAUGCACUUGCCCGGUUUGCAGGGCUGUAUUUUGCAUUAAAGAUGUCAGUUAUGUUGUUAACAGCGAAUAA